UAAGCUGAAUCUAUAGAGUAUAGGACCAGACUCUCCCUAGAGAGAGAGAGAAAAAGAGAGAGAGAGAGAGAGAGCUGCAAUAUUAUGAGGCAGUAGCAGAAAAAGGCAACAACGUUGGCAAGUUGGUAACGUGGAUUCAGGUCUUUUGGGGGAAACAAUCAAAGACAACGACACCACCUACAAAAAUCUCACACAACAAAAAAAAAAGUUGGUUGUGGUUUUUCCAGCUUCAAACUGAAGUGAAUGAAAAAACAAAAAAAAAAAUGUGAUUUUUCAUUCAUAUGGUUACUCACCAACAAAAAAUCAAGAGGCACAACUAUGUUUUCUUCUGUAACUGAAUAAACUUGAUUCAAGUGUCACCUUAUUAUUAUAUAGUCGUUACAUAGAGAAAAGAGUGAGAAAAAAAAAAGCAUUCACUAAUUUAUCAUUACUUGCAUUUAACUCUCAUUAUUUUUGGUUGGUAUUUUCUCUCUCUCUUUCUCUCUCAUGAGUAAUUGAUGGAUUAAUCUAUUUGUGGAUUCUUCAAGGAGCUUCUUCUUCUGCUAAAGUUGUUUUUGGAUUUGGAUUUUGGCUUUGUGUGUUUUUGUUCGCUUCUUCUUAUCUUUGUUGUUGGUGUUUCUGUGAGUUUUGGUGAAUGGCACAUCUUGAGACUAAUCUAAGUGCUUCAAGGAUUUCUCAACAAGAAAAAGGUGUUAAAAAUGAUGAUAUGUAUGAAGAAUUAUGGAAGUUGUCUGCAGGACCUUUGGUUGAUGUUCCUAAUACUGGUGACAAAGUUUUCUACUUUCCUCAAGGUCACAUGGAACAACUUCAAGCAUCUACUGAUCAGGAAUUGAACCAAGAAAUUCCUCAUUUCAAUCUACCUUCUAAGAUUUUAUGCCGUGUUGUCAACAUUCAGUUGUUGGCUGAGCAAGAAACUGAUGAGGUUUAUGCUUGUGUUGCUUUGCUUCCAGAAUCAGAUCAAACCGUGCCUGCGAAUCCUGAUCCGGAUCGUUCCGAGGCUCCGAAACAAAAGUUUCAUUCAUUUUGCAAAAUAUUAACAGCUUCUGAUACUAGCACACAUGGUGGAUUUUCAGUUCUGAGGAAGCAUGCUACCGAGUGCUUGCCUCCAUUGGUAAUUAGCUUAGACAUGACACAAGCAACUCCAACUCAGGAGCUAGCAGCAAAGGAUCUUCAUGGAUAUGAGUGGAAGUUUAAGCACAUAUAUAGAGGUCAACCAAGGAGGCACUUGCUUACGACCGGCUGGAGUACAUUCGUCGCAUCAAAAAGAUUGGUGGCCGGAGAUGCUUUUGUUUUCCUAAGGGGAGAGCACGGACAACUGAGAGUCGGCGUUAGGCGAAUGGCUAAGCAGCAGAGUUCUAUGCCUUCAUCAGUGAUAUCAAGCCAAAGUAUGCAUCUUGGAGUUCUUGCUACUGCUUCUCAUGCUGUUAUGACUCGUACCAUGUUCGUCGUUUAUUACAAACCAAGGACUAGUCAGUUUAUUGUUGGAUUGAACAAGUAUUUGGAAGCAGUCAACCAUAAUAAGUUUUCUGUUGGUAUGAGAUUCAAGAUGAGAUUUGAAGGAGAGGACUCACCUGAAAGAAGAUAUUUAUUACUAUGUGAUUUGGUCAGAUUUUCUGGCACUAUUGUUGGAGUUGGGGAUGUGUCUGCAGGAUGGUCAAACUCUCAGUGGAGAUCAUUGAAGGUUCAAUGGGAUGAACCAGCAACAAUUCCAAGACCAGAUAGAGUUUCUUCUUGGGAGAUUGAGCCUUUUAUGUCUUCUCCUGCUUUGAAUGUCACUCAAACAGCAAUGAAGAGCAAAAGAUCUAGGCCUGCUUCCGAUGUUUCAUCUUGCGGUUUUUGGUAUCCUGGAUCUUCUCCGGCUCAUGAGCUUACACAAGAAGUCCAAAACAAAGAGAAUCAAAUUGUAUGCUCUAGAGUCAUGGUGGAAGGAAUUUGGCCUAAUUCACCAAAUUUGAAUGUUACUUCCAACCCUUUUUCGGACGCCAAAAACAAAGGUUACCCUAACAUAAACAUUGCACCUAGAUUAAGCGACGGCCCUGCGUGCGACCGAUUAGAAGACGCAAAGAAGACCGAGAAUCCCUUAGAUUGUUGGUUAUUUGGAGUUAAUUUGAAUAACAACAACAAAUGUAGCAAUGUUAAUUCAUGUUUGGAUAAAGAAGUUGGAUGUGGAAGUUUAAGCAAUGUUACUAGUAGUGGUCCCAAAGAAUCUAACCCUGCAAAUGCAUGUGAAACUGAAAAGAUUAUUCAGAGUCCAAACUAUUCACUGUCCAACAAGAAAGGGCAGAAGCAAAUUAUUUCUGAUGCAUCACCAAAUGAAUGGCAGAACCAGUUGGCCAAUGUACCAUCCAUGAGAACAAGGACUAAGGUGCAAAUGCAAGGUGUUGCUGUUGGUCGUGCACUUGAUUUAAGCAUGUUAAAUGGCUAUGAUGAUCUCAUAGAUGAAGUUGAAAAAUUGUUUGAUAUUAAAGGAGAGUUACGUUCACAAAACAAAUGGAGAGUUACUUUCACUGAUAAUGAAAAUGACACAAUGCUUGUUGGUGAUGAUCCAUGGCCGGAAUUUUGCAACAUGGUGAAGAAAAUUUUCAUUUGUUCAAAAGAGGAGUUAAAGAAAAUGAAAUGCAAGCUACCUAAUUCUUCAUUAGAGAUUGAAGAGACAUUGUUGAGUUUAGAUUCACAUAAUAGGGAUGAGACUCAACAAACUCACGUGACUUAAUUUGUCACUUUUUUUUUUGUUUGGUUUGAGAGGGAAAUGUGAUAAUGUGGGGUGCUUGAUUUUAUGGAGAACUUUCACAACAACUUCAAUAAGAAGUUGGAUUUUAGGUACUCUAUUUGUGAAUACCUUUUUUAUUUUUUUUUUAGGCUUUAGCUUGUUAACAACUAUGCAUUUCCCUCAUCUAUUAGAAUGGAUUGUUUGUCUUUAAUGUGUCGAAA